UAGUUUAAUCCUUUGAGGGUCCUUUCUCAAGAACAUACGUAUUUGAGCAUGGUGGUAUAUUUCGUUGUUUUGCUUCUUCGGAAGGCUAGAAACUGUUUGAUAUCCCACUGCUCUUCGUGGAGCAUAUUUAUACACGAAUGUCUGCUCAGCUCUGACUCAUGAUCGCACGCAUUCAGUUCAUUUAAAUGCUGUGACAGUCUCCCGUUACCAUUUACCAUUUACUAUUUACCAUUUGCACUUUGCCGUAGUUUAUGUGAUUUCCCACUGCUGAGUGCAGAAUGUGGAAUAACUCUUGGUGGCCACUGAAUGCGAUGGCCUGAGGUCACAGACGCAGUCCCGAUUCGGCGUAUAAAUAGUGGUGUGGAAUGUGUUGAACGGCAUCAGACAAGUUCAAGUUUUCGAUCCGAAAGCACCAGAUCAAUAAUCAAAAUGUUCAAAUCCGCUGUUGUGUUCCUGGCUAUCGUUGCCUGCGCAUCUGCCAAGCCUGGACUCCUGGGUGCUCCAUUGGCCUACACUGCUCCCCUGGCUUACACUGCUCCUGCUGCCGUGGUAGCUGCUCCCGCUCCAGUUGUGACCGCCACCAGUAGCCAGGUUUUCGCCAGGAACUACAAUGGAAUCGCCGCCGCUCCUGUGAUUGCUCCCGUGGCUGCUCCCGUGGUGGCCAAGUACGCGGCUGCUCCUCUGGCUGCUCCCUUGGCCUACUCCUCGCCUUUGGCCUACUCCGCACCUCUGAGCUACGCCGCUGCUCCUGCACCAGUUCUCAUCUAAAUUACUAAACUGUGAUCAUCUAACACGAUAAAUAUAAUAAAAAUGAACUGUUAAAUCGAUAUUUACGACCACAGAAAA